AUGGUUUGCAAGAACACACUCGUGUCAGUCGCGGCCAAGCAGGUCUCUGGCUGGGACGGUCUCACUCCCAUUGCAAAGGGCGACAACGCCUGGUUCUUCAUGGAGGAAGAGACCAUUUCUCAGGCAGUCAAGGCAUAUAUCGACUUUGAGAAGAAGCUAAAGGAGGCGCUGCCCCGUGAGGUCAGGAAGGAGGCCCGGCCCAUCGACGUCUCGGGCGGCGUGAUCGAGGGUCAGGACAUCGACUACCUGGCCUUCAAGUCCAUGGAGAAGAUGCCCAGCCGCCAGGAGCUCAUGGCCACCAUCGCGCGGCUGAUCAAUGGCGUGCCUACCAAGCUGGCGCGCUCCAUCAAGGCGGUGCCCACCAAGCUGGCCAUCAGCAUCAAGGCCCUGGCCGACGCCGAUGAGGACAAGUCGCAGCGUGUGGGCGACGUGCUCCCCCGCCAGCCCCCCACCGAGGCGGCGGUGUAG